AGUAGCGGGGGAGGGUCGUGGCUUCGAAUCAGGGGCUGCUUUCAGAGAAGCACGCAGUGCUCUCUCGUCUCGCGAGCCGGGAGAACGAGAGAGAGAACGUGCGUAUCGAGCCGCGAAAAGAGGGUAAUCCUCGCGUGUCCUCUUCCUAGGUGUUCUCACUCUCGCAUACCCCUCGUUCCCGCCAAAAACGCACGAGACAAAAGGAGAAAAUCGUGAAAAUCGCCGAUCGACACCUUGUACCCUUCUCCCUCUCCCUCUUCAUCCCUCUUCGCCGCACCCUUGCCUCUUUGUCCUUUGCUGUUCACCCCUUUAAAAUCUGGACGAGGCACUCGGGGAUGAGACGACAGCUGAUUAACGCGUUGGGAUUUAAGACCAGGUGGAAGAUCAAGGGCUAACACUCGUCGAGAUUGACAACGUGACCUUUGAGAUUGCAUUUUCUACUGGUACAUUUAGACGAUUCGUCACGUCUUCCUGAAAGAAGCGACGCGCACGGCAAGCAAAAAUCGCCAUCGUAGUUUAACAAGACAUCAAUGAUUAACGAGACGAUAUCGAUGACCGGAAAACGUGAUAUCCGACACAGAGACGCGUCCUUAACAGCGACAGCGGGUGGAAAGGAUGAUGCAUCUCUCGCGCGAAAGAACGACGGAUCAAGAAAGAGCAUUUUGUGCGUCAUCGAGUGCCGCCUGGGGUCAUCAUCGGCGGGCCAAUUAGACAUAAAAGUGUUCGGUGAAGAGUAAGAACGAGCCGAAAAGGGAGAAAGAGGAAGCUGCUGUAAGGGAGGCGAAGAAAAUCGACGGGCAAGAAGAAAGCAGAAGAGACGAGAGAAAUGGCCGCCGGUUCAGCGGUAGCGAUGAUCGGAGCUAAUCUGAGGUUCGGCAUCGGCGCUUCCGGGAAUGUCACGUCCAACGCCACAAAGGUGUUCCAGUGUCAUCCCGGUGGUGUGACCGAGGCCACCGUCAUAUUUAGCCUCGGUGCAUUGGGGAUGGGGGCGAAUAUCAUCCUCAUGGCGCUAAUACUGGCGAAGCGACAGCUGCGCAGGUGGUCCCAGGGAUUGUUAUUCCACCAAGCCAUGGUAGACUGCGCGAGGGCCGCUAUAUUGUUGCCUCUUGGCUCCAGUAUAUUGAAUUGUCAGCCCGUUAACAAGUGUUCCCUGGUCGAGACUGCUUUUCUGCUACUGGUGACCGUUUCCACGGUAAAUAUGCUAACAACCGUGUUAAACGACAGCCCGGUAUUUCCAGAGAGCGACGAGGAGGCAGAUCUGACCGCGCCUCUACUGAUGGACUCGCCCCAGUGCGUGCUCUUUGGCACUUUCAUGAUCUGGUUCGCCAGCAUAACGAUAAACCUGGGACCUACGUUUCUCAGCGGGGCCUUAGCGGCCAACACAGAGAGCGGGCACAAUGCGCCUAGUUGCCCGUUGAUACAUGGUCCUUUCCGUCAUUAUAUACUCAACGUACUCUGGAUUGUCAUCAACAUCAUUUGCGUGGCGCUCACGCUCUUUCAUUUGAGAAAAUUACACAGGGAUCUGACAAAAGCUAAUGUCGAAGCGGUACGAGUAGCUGGUCUCGUCACAACGCUCGUUAAUGUGACAGGCGGACAUCAGGGUGCAACCAACGCGCUUGCAACCGAAGAUGGUGUAGUUAACACGAGAAACGGUACAACGCCGAAAAGGACAGGCGCCGUCGAAGAGCAUCGAAAAAUGAGGAAUUACCUCAGAAGGAUGGAACGCGAAGGCGUGCAAAGAGUGAAAAUGUUCCUGGUCAUAACGGCAGCGUACGUCAUAUUUUGGGGACCAUUGUUUUUCGUUACCUUGGUGCACCAUCCUAUUAUAGGCAAUCCUACAGGCUACGAGGUGACUUUGCACAUUGCGUAUGUCCAUGCCUUUGUAAACCCGGCUCUGUUCCUCGCCCUACAUCGGGGAUUGCGGCAGGGCAUGUCGGACGUGUGUUGCGGCUGCUGCGAAAGUAUAGCCCGAUGGAUCCUCGGAUCCGCCGCUACUAGUCCGAUACAAAAUGUCACGUUACCCCGAUACGAGGCGCCGAUGAAUCUACCCUCGCCGCCGGAUCCACCCCUGGCGGCGUCGGUUGCGCCGUCAGGAUGCAAUCUUACCGAUGUGGCGCUCCUAAAACCACCCCUGCCACCGACUGCCAAACACUUACUGGUGGACAACUCUAUCGUGGUACCCGACCCCUGGAGUUUGACUUCAAGACCGAAAAGCACCUCCAGCCUUUACGAAGAGGAACUGUCCAGGAGACCGAGCCUCCUGCUGCCCCCACCUACAGAAUUGAACGAUCUCCAAAUGAGUCCGACAAGUAGUGACUUGCCCAGCGAAUGAACAAGCAAACUAAUUAUAAAAAAAAAAUUAACAACGCACCAGGAAACGUGACGACGUUAAUUGGCUACAAUGUAAAAAAAAAAGAAAAAAUAAUCGCAAAAUGAUAAAAAUAAAUUUUUCGGGAAGAAACCUUCCUUUAAGAUCCUCUCCUAGAACAUUAUAUAUUCUAAUCAGAUAUUUAUAUUGUCGAUAAAGCCGAAAUCAAAUGAAUCGUUUACUAUAAAUAUUGCGUCAUCUAACUAUUUUUUAACCAAGAGAAUUAAUAUAUUACAUGUAUGUAUCAGCGAAGACAUCACAAAUAUUUGCAUUUACGCGAUUGCUCUUGAAAACAUCUGUAAAGCUUUUUAUUUUUAGUUUUUAACAGUAAUAUCAAUAGAGCCAAUUACAUUGGAACUUCAUUGUAAAUUUAAUUUAAUUCAAAUCAAAUCGUAAAUUAGGUUGCAACGAAUAAAAUGAUUUUCUGUGAUGUCAAAGAGCGAGACAUCAUGCAGUAUAAGAUUAAUCAUAAGGAUAAUGCAUCCUGAAUUUAAAAAAUAAUUGAAGACUUGAUGUAUAUGUUUAUUUGUACUUUUAUGAGAUGCACGCAUAUUAGACUUAAAAAUAUCGACAGACUGAUUUUUUUCACAAAAUUCGUAUUUACGUCCAUGUCAAUUUAUACAAUUCUCACGUCCAAAAUUGUCAGUCGAAAUAAUUACUAAAUAUGCUUUAUAAUUACUAAAUAUUACUUUUAUACCUGAGAAAUAGCAUUGCCGUGUUUCAAAAAUGCAUACUAUUCCAUUUUUCGCAAAUUUGUGGCUAGAAUCACUUUCAAAAAUUUUUAUCGAAACAAUGUAAUUUUUAUCGCUCUCUCGGGAUGUCCCAGAAAUAAUCAUAAAAUUUUAGAUGAUAAGCAAUAUUACAGCAAGUAAUAUUACUAUAAUUAUUAAUUAGUUGAAAAUUAGAUAAUGGAAAAUAAAACUUUAAUAAUACAAUUGGCAGUAAAAAUCAAAUUUUACACCAAUUUAAUACACACUUUGGGACAUCUUGUAUACUAAACAAUGAAAGUCUUUACUUGUUAUUAUAAACCGUUCAUCAAUUCCGUAUAUAAUUUAAAAUAAAAGUUGGAAUAUAAUUAUUUUUUAUUGUGCGCAUGUUGUCACAAAAUCAACUAAGUAAGAAAAAAAAUACGAUAGAGAUCGCAAAGAAAAAAAUUUAAUCAACUGGGCAUCAUCUGAAUAUAUCUGUGAUUGCUUAUGAACGUCCUAGUCUUCGUCCUAUAUAAUGUCACUAAUAGAUGUAUGUAUAUAAAAAAGAUAUAUAUGUAUAUUAUGUUUAUAGAUAGAAAUCACGCGAUAUGUAUGAUAACUUAAAAAUGUUAAAUAAUUGUGUAUAAUUUAUAAUCUGCUUUUUCAGCUAUAUUUUCUGUAAAAAAAAAAAAAAAAAAAAAAAUGGAAAGA